CACAAGUCUUAUAUACAGUACAUAUCACAGGUCUUAUAUACAGUACAUAUCACAGGUCUUAUAUACAGUACAUAUCACAGGUCUUAUAUACAGUACAUAUCACAGGUGGCUGGUUGCAACUUAAUUGGGGAAGGCUGGCUCAUAGUAAUGGCUGGAAUGGAAUACAUGGAAUUUCCAUGGUUACCAUGUGUUUGAUAACAUUCUAUUCAUUCAAUUCCAGCCAUUAAUAUUAGCGUUCCUCCCCUCAGCAGCCUCCUAUGAUAUGUAUAUAACCAGGCCCUAUAUAACCAGGCACUAUAUUCUAAUAGGCUUAAUGAAUAUGUAGGAAUUUACAUUCCUUCCUUUUUUGUGUUAGAAUUAUUUUAAGACCAAGGAAAUAUCUGGUUUUGGCUUGAACUCUCAGUAUUUGUAAUAGAUUUGUGCCCCUUAAAUAUUUACUUAGUAUUAUGUGCAAAUUUAAUACAGUUGUUUGUAGGAUUACAUAAUUGUUGUAAUUUAAAUAAAUAAUGUAUUUAUGAAAGCUGUAUCUGUAAAAUCAUUUAUUUUCUGUAGUAAAAAUGUUACAACCUUGUAGGCCUACAGGCCAGAUUAAUUAGUUAUUCAGCUGUUUUGAUAAGGACUAACUUUUCAUUGCUUUUGUUGUUCUUCAUUUAUAUUUUAUUCACAUGUUUGUCAUAUUUUACAAUAUACAUUGUAAACAUUACAUUAUAAACCUUUUGAACAUAGAUAGCUAUGGUCUGAUAUGGUCUAUGAUUUUGUUUUUUUUGUGCAUUUCUGUGUGGCCCUGGCCUCACCCAUCUCGUCGGCAGUGUAUAGGCGCCACCCUGUGGCAAUUCGGAGAACUACAGCGCAGGACAGGAAAAGAGAAAAUGACUUACCUUCAGUUUAUUUACAAUACAUAGCUACAAAGAAAAGCAAGGAUGCAGUAUAAAACCAGCGCUCUCUUACAAUACCACUUAUCUAACGUAACUAGCUUCUCAAUAAAAUACCUAGCCAAAUAUCCCAAUAUGUAAGAAGGUUUCUAUAUCAUUGUUACCACCAGUAAUAUGCACAGUCACGGUGGCCGAGAGGUUAAGGCGUUGGACUCGAAAUCCAAUGGGGUUUCCCCGCACAGGUUCGAAUCCUGUUCGUGACGAUUGUUCGCUUUUAGUAUUUGCAGUUGUAUUAAAGAAAACACGGCAAGUAAAUCGACAAAACCAACUUCUGCUUAAAUAGGCUUAUUUGGAUUUCGAAAUAGCUAUAUGGAGAAUUUAUGCUUUAUUAUGGGGGAAUGAGCUCUGAACGUAACACGCCCCCUUGAUAAACAUGUGUUUUUCUCGUCUCCCUAAUUUUGACAGCUGUAAAUUAAUUAGAACCUGCUUUGAACGAUUUCCACCAUCACUACUUGUCUCGCUUUAGUGACUUUAAUCAAAUAUGUUCGCCAAUGUGCCAAACGAUGAUCAAUUCUUGAUAAAAGACAUAAAGUCGGGAUUGAAGAAUAUAAAUGUAAUCUUUAUCGUGUUGGAAAUGGGAAGGGUAACUAAAACAAAGGAUGGGCAUGAGGUUCGCUCCUGCAAGGUGGCUGAUAAGAGUGGGUGCAUCACCCUGUCUGUGUGGGACGAGUUGGGUGGACUCAUCCAGCCAGGAGACAUCCUCCGUCUCACACGAGGCUAUGCAUCCCUGUGGAAGGGCUGUCUGACUCUUUACACAGGCAGAGGAGGAGACCUGCAGAAGAUAGGAGAUUUUUGCAUGGUCUUCUCUGAGGUGCCAAACUUUAGUGAACCAAACGCAGAGGUACUGGCCCAGGCCAACAGGCCGGUGAGUACACACACCAGAAUGAUCUAUACAUUUUAUUAUACAUGUUAUUUUCUACAUCUCCCCUCCUCCCCAUCACCUCUUCCUUUCUCUCUGUUCAUCUCAUCCUCCUCUCUCCAGUCUAAAGUUGAGUCCCAGAACAGUUCUUCUGUCAGGCAAAGCUCCACCCCCUCAGUCCCCACCCACACAUACUCUUCCAAUGAAUGCUCUCCGCUCUCCCAGAAUCCAACCUAUGGGAGCACAGGACGGCAGAAUGGGCGAGGCAACGGAGGUCCUGGGCAAGGCAACGGAGGUCCUGUCACCGACCCUAUGGGCAACAGCAGGGACCCACGGCAAGGGCUAAAGAGGAAAUGAUGCUGGUUUCAAAUCAACACGUAUCUUGGGCCUAACUGUAUUUUUAUUUAGCUAAUUAAAUCAUUGUUGUUAACAUGGCCAUCAUUUUCUAAGGAAGAUAACAUGUUACACAUUUCUUUCAAAUAAAUAAAUCAUAAC